GGUGACAAAGGAGGUUGAUAAAUAUUUAAGUCUUGAAGCUCACGGGACCGAUUAUCAGCAAUUCUGGACCGUCCUCGCUCGCGAGGAGUUUCCACUGAUAGCCCACGCUGCAGUUGGUGUGCAGCACACGUUGCUAUCUACUACAAACGUUGAGAGCCUGUUCUCGCAGAUUCGUGAACAGAUCUCUGUUCGCCGUACUUCAAUGGAAUGUGACCUUAUCAAGGCAGCUAUGGUGGUGCGAAGUAGCAAUCGGUUGUCCGGGCAGUGCUUUAAGGAUGGAGCAAAAGUGACCUAUUAUGCACGCAUUUAUUGGGCCGCUCAAUCUAGCCAUGGAAUCCAAUGGAUUUUUGCUCCUUGGAGCGGCUCCAAUGGAGCCGCCAGUUACUUGCUCAAUCAGUGGAUAAUAUUCACGUAG